UUCUGAUCCUAAUUGCUUACAUAUGGUGUGAUUUAUUCUCGUGUCCUGAUCAGAUGACCAAAAAUCAAUUGUGCGCAGUUUAUUUAUGUUUGUGGCUGUGUUGAGUUUUGUCUACGUGUCCUGUCUGGUUCUAGCAUCCCAUUUAACGAUAUACAUACGAGCAUUAAAGGACUAGCCUAGCACCUAUCGCCAAGCCCAAUACGUUGACUGCAUACGUGUAACCAUGUCGCCAUCACACUCUCCAAAUUUCGUCGACCCAUCCAACCUUUCUCUUCCUUCCUCUUCCUCCCUGAAGCGUCCUGCAUCUCCCUCAUCAUCUCGUGCAGACUCUCCAGAUGUAUCCAUACAGGAACCUCCACGCAAGCGUCCUCGUUCAGCCAUAACACCCGAAGAGCGCAAAGAGGCCCGUGCACAUCGCAAUCGCAUUGCGGCACAAAAUUCCCGCGACCGCAGAAAGGCCCAAUUUUCCGUUCUCGAGCGCAGAGUUGCUGAACUUGAGGAAGAGAACAGACGUCUUCGCGCUGGCGUUCCAAUGGCCAUCCCAGCAUCGCCCUCGGUUAGCUCCACCUCGGAGCCCGAGGUUGUCACCAUUGAGCAGGAGCAGGAGCGCCAGCGAAAACGUGCGGAGGAGCAACGGGAACGUGAAAAUCUCGAGCUGCGCGAACGCAUUCGAACGCUUGAGAUGGGGUAUGAGGCAGUGUUACGGACGUUGGCAACUCAAGGCCCGAACCCGCCUGCUCUCCACGAGACUUCCAGCUCGACCCCAAUCCUCUCAUCCACUUGCGCACCAUCACCUGCGUCAGCAACAUCUCCUUCAGCAACAGACUCCGCAUCUCCCACCCCCUCGUCACCUAAAUCGACUACCCUUGCAGCACUUUCUUACCCACUAUCACCUGCACCCACACAUUCUACUCUCAUGGACAGCCCCAUAAUGUUUUCAGGCGACUCAUUCGACUUCCCACUCAGUCCCGCAUUUUCUCUCUCAGAUCUUACGCCUUCCGACUCACCAGCACCUGUUGACACACCACAGGAAACUCUCGACCUAUCCUCAAUUGGACAUGCUCCCACUCGCCACCUAGCACGGCGGGUGGGCAGCAUACGUCUAAUCACGGAACCGGCGAGAGCAACCAGAUGUACCACAGUGCUACGAUCGAGCUUGAAGACGAGGCAGCCACAGACGCAGCCCUUACGCGCCUGUGGGCAGAGAUUCUUGCGUCGCCGCCGACUGGCACUUGCGCUCUUCCAGGCACUUGCCCUUCGGCAGAAAACGCGAACAUCGCGCAGGUGCUGAGUGAGACUACUCCUAUAGAGGAGUUCGGCCUAGGGCUGGUUACGAGUGGAAUAGACACAGUUGACUGGGCGGAACAAGUCC